AUGCUAAACUUCUCUGGGCGACUUUUACAGGCGGUUAAAGGGUCAGUCACUCUUACCCCUAAGGCGUUUAGCGGUUUGCUAGGCUUUGGAGCUUCGACUGCCCUGUUCGGGACAAGAGUAAUGGCUGCCGGAGGGAAGCAAACGAUACUCGACUUUGAAGUGAAAGAUAUUGAUUGCAACGAUGUCGCUUUGUCCAAGUACAAAGGGUUCGUGACCCUUAUCGUUAACGUGGCCUCUCAGUGAGGGUUCACCAAGAAGAACUACACCCAGCUACAGGAACUGCACUCCAGGUAUGCUGAAAAUGGACUUCGCAUUCUUGCCUUCCCUUGUAACCAGUUUGGAAAGCAAGAACCAGGAACAGCUGAAGAGAUCAAAGAGUUUGUGAAGCAAUAUAAUGUGGAGUUUGAUAUGUUUGCCAAGAUUGAAGUGAAUGGAAAGGGAGCCGAUCCCCUAUAUGUGUUUCUAAAGGAGGCGAAGCAUGGUACUCUGACAAAUGCAAUCAAGUGGAAUUUUACCAAGUUCUUAUGUGACAAGGAAGGUGUACCAGUUAAACGUUACUCGCCAAACACAGCCCCCCUUGACAUUGAGAAAGACAUUAAGGAACAGCUAGAAAAAUAAUUGUUUAUACUUUUGAUCAGAGUAUAAAGUUAAUUUACAUGUUCAAAUUUUCUUUUUGAGCUCUUCAAUUCUGAUAAGAAUGAAAUUUAAGCCUCUUCUAUAUGGAAAAUAGAAAAGUGAUUUAAGAAAGUGUUGCUUAUUUCAUGAGGUAUAGAAACUUGUUUUCUUUAUUCUAAUUUAUAGUUUCAUAACUUAAUAUAACUUUCAACUAUAGAUAUUUUCAAAGCAAUUACAUGCUUGGAAAUCUCCCUGCAUACUGUGCUAUGUAUGUUACUUAAGACUGCAAGAAUGACAUUUUAGCUCUAAACUCAUAUGGGAGUCAGCUGAAAUUGAUUGUUACUGGGUAGUGCAGACCUAGUUAAUGCAGUACUUAAAUAAUAACUUUGUAUAGUUUUGUUUUUGUGGGAAGUUGUUGAAUAAAACUUUAACUAUAAAAUA